CAUUCCAGUGCAGCCUCGAAAUCAUUUCAAACGUUUAGCGUUAAGUGAUUAUAUUAAAACUUGUAAGUUAAGUUCUUUUUCACCUACGCCGUAGAUCAUACGUUUUAAUGUGACACUGCGAUUACAGAUUUUUUCGCGAGUGAUGUCCAAUAAAAUUCCUCCUUAUCCCUCAUCCAUUUAUCCACACUUAUCCCGCCCUACCGCUGAGUCAUCAUCAUUCAGCACGUCGGAACACGAUGCGCGCCAGACUGAUCAACGCCGUCAAGAACUGCGACGAACGGAAGCUGGAGCGUCUGAUACAGUGCGGCGCUGAUCCCAGCAGUCUGUCCAGCGACGGGGACACGGCAUUGCACGAAGCGGCCAAACAUGACCACGCCAAUCACCUCGUGGAAUUACUGCUGCGCCGCGGCGCUAAUCCCAACCAGCCCACGACCUCAUCGCGGCAUUUCACACCGGUGCAUUACGCGUGUAUCUACGAUCAGCCCAACAAUCUGCGCAUCCUGCUGAGUUAUGGCGGUGAUUUGUACCGUAGAUCCACGGAUAAUCUGACCGCGAUGGACUAUGCGCAGUUCAAGCGGCCGCAUGUUAUGGCGUUUCUUCGCGAGCAUCUGAGUCGCCUGCAUCGCGGGGCGAAUGUGGAGCGCUCGUUAGAUACCACUCAGUACCGCUCGUGUGUGGAAUCACCGGAACGCAAUGUUCGCGAAACACAGCUUCGUCGAAGCCGCAGUGAACACCGAUCCCGAAGCGCCAAUCGGUCAGCAUUACGAUCUCGCCAGCGCUGCUUCAGUCGGUCAGUGCUGGACAGUUCAACGGACAGUAGCGAAGGCAGAACUGCCGGUUUUCGACCGCAGGCUCAUCCGUCAUACCUUAAAGAAAAAGAAAAAAAAUUUACUUCCGCUGAAGAUGUUUGCGCAGACACGAAAAAUCUCCCAACGGGCGCCGGUGUUUUGCCGCUUUCGCGUUCCUCGCGAUCAACAGGUUAUGAAAAAUUCCCAGAAGUAUACAGCGUGGGACCCACGAAACCUGCUCGACGAUCCGUGCCGGAGGCUGCACUGAAAACACCACCGUGUCCGGAUGUCACGCUGAGUGAAAUGGCUGAGCUAGGCCGAAUGACCGACAGCGAGCUGCGACAGGAACUGAAGAAGUACGGUUACGACGCCGGGCGGAUGUGGGAUUCGGCCGCUCGUAUGGCAUGUAUCAAAGAUUUAGCGGGUUUCAGGCGCAAAGCGUAUGUGACCGCCAGUGUCGACGAUUUUGGUCAGGAGAUGCUCUCGGUCAUCCGUGAGACAUACUCCCGGAAUUUAUUAUGGGAACUGGAGGAUGCGUUUCUGGCUGCGUUUCCCCGGCAGAGCGAUGUGUGUCAGUACGGGAAUUAUUUAUUACUCGAUCCGCAGAUUACCCGUAAUCUGCCGUAUCAAUUCGCCGAGACUAAACGACCGAAUCUGGAAAUGUUCUUCCGGGUAUUUCUACGUGGGAUUUUUUAUAUUGGAAGCAUGAAGACGUCCCAGCGGCCCCAUGAGCAUUUGCGCUGGGCUAAACUGCAGAUUGAACGGAAUGGAUCCAAAUUGGGCGUGCAGAAACUGUGCCGUAUCCGGUCAAUUUGGAAUAAUCACUAUGGUGUGGUGUUGCUCAACUGUUUCCCGUUCGUUCCCGAGAAAGAAGCCUUUACGCGUGAAACGCUGAUGGUCGAAGCUGUUGGCUUGGAGAAGGUGACCAACGAACACUGGGGCACGCUGCAUGGAUCCGUUAAGAGUUGGCCGGAGAGCGACAGGCUGUUGUUAGGGAGUUAUUUUCUCAAGAAGGCUUUUUAUAUCCUCCUGGAAAAAGGUGAACGGCAAAUUUUUCGUGAAGAAAUCUGAGAAGUAUCGUUUCGGUGCAGCGGAAGUGCUUUUCUAGUUUUGUUUUCUAGUGCACAAGUAAUUUCUACAGUUUGUUAGUUUAUCUUCCUGACACGUUUCGUAUUAAGGUUCAACUACAGUAUUUCGUGCGUUGAAUUGCUGUAAUAUUUAUUUCGUCAGGAGUGUGAAACAGCAGUUUGUCAGAUUUUCCUGUUUUGAGUUGUAUUUUGUUUUUUUUUUGCGUCGCGAAAUUUUGUGAAUGCGUGGCUGAGCAUGCCAUUUUUACUUUCUUA